GGGGGGUGAGGCUAACCCGGACCGCUAACCCAAACCCCCUCGAGUCCAAUCCAGCGAAAACCCCGAACCCUAAUACCGACUCGAGCCGAUCCCCCAUCUCCGAUCCGGAUCCGAUGCUUCCUAUGGUCGACGACCCCUCCGCGGCGGCCGGCGCCGCCGCCUCCUCCUCCUUCCCCGACGCGGACGCCUAUGGCAACGGGGACUCCGAAGACAUCGACUUCCCGGUCGAUCCAAUCCCCAACCCUCCCUUCUCCUCCUCCGCCACCGUCCCGGCCCCUGCCUCCGCCGCCGCCGCGGUCGGGGAGCGGCGGCCCCUGUUCCAGCGGCUGUGGACGGAGGAGGACGAGAUCGUGAUCCUGCGCGCGUUCGCCGAGUUCACGGCGCAGCGGGGCACGGCGUUCGCGUCCCACCAGUACGACACGGAACCCUUCUACGAGGAGAUGCGCCGCCGCCUCCAGCUCGACUUCUCCAAGAGCCAGCUCGCAGAGAAGCUCCGCCGCCUCAAGCGCAAGUACCGCAACUGCGUCGAGCGCCUCCGCGGCUCCGGCGCCUCCUUCACCUUCCGCUCCCCCCACGAGCAGGCCGUCUUCGAGAUCGCCCGUAACAUCUGGCGCCCCUCCUCCGACAAGCACGGCCGCGACCCCUCCGCCGGCGACUCCGACGACGACGCCACCGUCACCGCCACGAAUGCCGGCGCCAACGGAGACGCCAAGUCCCCUUCUUCCUCAAGAGCGCAGCGCCGCGUCCGCCGCAGGCGCACGGCUGACUGCACUGCCGAUGCGACCGAGGUUCCGCAGCCGUACACGCCGUCGACUAUGCCUGUGAAGACGGAGGAGUCGCUCCCGGCAUUCUUCCCCCAGGUAUCCAUGGACGGCGCCGAGCAUGUCGUGCCGCCAGCUGCGCAACCAGCGGCCAACACGGAGAGCAGCGUCCUGACGCCUCUCUUCAAGGAAAUGGUCCGUGCCAUGCUAGGCAUGGGUGGCUGCCCGUCCCCGCUGGGCCUCGGUGCGAAGGUGCCUGAGCCGCCAUCUGCAAUUCUUGGGAUACCGAUGGAGGGGGAGAAGUGGAGGCAGCAGCGGAUUCUCGAGCUGGAGGUGUACUUGCGUCGGAUCGACCUGCUGCAGGACGAGGUGAAGUCGGCGCUGGAGGAGCUCAAGGCCACACCGGCAGCCACAUGAUCAUAAUGCUACUGCUAUGCAUCUGGGAGGUCACUCUUGUUUCAUCUUCACCAUUCUUGGUUUAAUUGCAGUUAGGGCCAGAUACCGUCCAUAAAAAAAAAAUUAGAGUCUGCUCUAAACGCAGGAAUUUCGUAGGGAUCGCUCUUGUUCCUGGAGAAGAAAAAAAAAAGCCUACCUUCCUGGUAGCUCUGUUAGGCUUGGGUAGUAGAUUAAUUUAUGUGGUUACGAUUGCCAGUUUAUGUCGUUCAGAUUGUCGAUCAGAUUCGCUUCUUUUUUUUCUUGUCACUAUUUUUGAUAUAUAUUUAUAUAUAUGAUCAUGAAUAAAUAUUAAGUUUUGCAAA